UACAGGUGAAGGUACAGAAACAGAAUUUUACCUAGAUAAUGAACUAACAAUCCCAUCUGAUUGGUAUUUCUUUGCUGAGAAAACUAGUACUUUGCACCAUUCUGGAAAGUGUGCUUAAUACGGGAGGCCAAAAGGGAGGGCACCAUUACAAGUUUUCCACCCAGGUGAGCUGUCUCUCCCUCUAUCUCCCUCCCUCCCUCUCUCUCUCUUUCUCUCACACACGCUUUCAUGUCAAACUAAUGAAGGGAGUGAUCGGAACAUAAGUAAAUAUUGAUUUUGCAUGAAGUUGUCUCCAUUGAGUAAGGCAGUUAGAGAGGAUCUAACAGGGCGUGUGUAAGCGGACUACAUGACUUUGACACACUACUUAUAUACCUGCCUUAAAAAGCCACAAGAAUGUUACACACGGUCACCGAGUGGCUGUGGUGGGAGCGUUUGUGGCUACCAUUGAAUGUCUCGUGGACGGAUUUGGAGGACCGCGAAGGCCGCGUCUACGCCAAAGCCUCCCAGCUGUAUGCUGUGCUGCCCUUUGCCCUCGGCCUCCUUUUCGUCAGGUUCCUUUUUGAGAGGUUGGUAGCCGCGCCGCUGGCCGACGUUUGCAGUGUUAAAGACAGGGCGCGGCGAAUCGUAGAGCAAAAUGCUAUCUUGGAAAAUUACUUCUGCACACAAUCUAAUGUUCCGUCACAGGCAGACGUGAGGGCUCUGUGUAAAAAGACUAACUGGACCGAGCGAAGAGUUCAGCUGUGGUUCAGGAGGAAGCGGAACCUCCAGCGUCCAGGUCUCCGCAAGAGAUUCUGUGAGGCUAGCUGGAGAUGCGUGUUCUAUUUUUCUGCAUUUGUUGGCGGCAUUGUCGCUCUCCAUGAUAAACCAUGGUUUUAUAAUCUAAGGGACGUUUGGGCAGGCUUCCCUAAGCAGUCGUUGCUGCAAUCCCAGUACUGGUAUUACUUCCUGGAAAUGGGCUUCUAUUUUUCACUGCUCCUCAGCCUCACGUUCGAUGUGAAGCGGAAGGACUUUAAAGAGCAGGUGAUCCACCACAUCGCCACAGUGACUCUGCUGGCAUUCUCGUGGAUCUCCAACUACAUUCGCAUCGGCACCAUCGUGAUGGCCCUCCACGACUCGGCCGACAUCCUGCUGGAGGGUGCCAAAGUAUUAAACUAUGCCAAGUGGCAUCAGACUGCUAAUGGCAUGUUUGUGGUCUUCACCUUUCUUUUCAUGUUGACCAGACUUGGUAUUUUUCCUUUCUGGGUGAUCCACUGCACAUGGGUAUAUCCGCUGGACCAUUACCCUCCGUUUUUUGGCUACUAUUUUUUCAACGCCAUGUUGCUGGUACUCCAAAUGCUGCACCUUUACUGGGCCAUCCUCAUAUCAAAAAUGCUCUACAAGUGUCUCUUCAGUAAGCUGGAAGGAGACGACAGGAGCGAUGAAGAGGAGGACGACAGCGAGGAGGAUAGAAAUCACAAGCGGAGCCACAUGAACGGUUCAGGAGUCCGUGACCGGGCCAACGGUCACUGACGAAGAUUAGUAACUUCUUGGACAGAAUAUUUGUAGUCAUCAUAAAAAUGAAGUACAGUGCAUCAGCAAAGUAUUCACAGCAGUUAGCUUUCUCGACAUUUUGCUGUUACAGCCUGAUUCCCAAAUGUGACUUGACUUGACCUUUGAAUGUCCCAAUUUUGCUAGUUUUGAGGCUAUGAUAUGUCAGUAGUUUGCAUUUUAUUUUUUUAAUUAUUCUGUUCAUACAGUGGGGCAAAAAAUGUAUUUAGUCAGUCACUAAUUGUGCAGGUUCUCGCACUUUAAAGAUGAGACAGGCCUGUAAUUGUCAUCAUACGUAUACCUCAACUAUGAGAGGCAGUAUGAGAAAAAAAAUAUCCAGAAAAUCACUUUAUCUGAUUUUUAAAGAAUUUAUUUGCAAAUUAUGGUGGAAAAUAAGUAUUUGGUCAGCUACAAACACGCAGGAUUUCUGGCUCUUACAGAGCUGUAACUUCUUUAAGAGGCUCCUCUGUCCUCUCCACUCGUUACCUGUAUUAAUGGCACGUGUUUGAACUCAUUCUCAGUGUAAAAGACACCUGUCCACCACCUUAAACAGUCACACUCCAAACUUCACUAUUUCCAAGACCAAAGAGAUGUCACUUGGACACUUGAAACAAAAUUGUUGAUCUGCACCUGGCUGGGAAGACUGAAUCUGCAAUAGGUAGGCAGCUUGGUGUGAAGAAAUAAAUUGUGGGAGCAAUUAUUAGAAACUGGAAAAUAUACAAGACCACUAAUAAUCUCCCUCGAUCUGGGGCUCCAUGCAAGAUCUUAUCCUGUGGGGUCAAAAUGAUCACAAGAACAGUGAGCAAAAUUGCCAGAACCACACGGGGUGACCUCGUGAAUGACCUGUAGAGAGCUGGGACCAAAACAAAGCCUACUGUCAGUAAUACACGACACCACCAAGGACUGAAAUCCCGCAGUGCCAGACGUGUCCCCCUGCUUCAGCCAGUAUACGUCCAGGCCCAUCCGAAGUUUGCUAGAGAGCAUUUGGAUGAUCCAGAUAAUGACUGGGAGAAAGAAUGUCAUAUGUUCAGAUGAAACAAAAAAAAACAAAAAACUUUUUGGUAAAAACCCAACUUCUGGUGCUUGGAGGAGAAAGAAUGUUGAAUUGUAUCAAAAGAACACCAUAACUACUGUGAAGCAACGGGGUGGAAACAUCAUGCUUUGCGGCUGUUUUUCUGGAAAGGGACCUGGACGCCCGAUCUGUGUAAAGGAAAGGAUAAAUGGGGACAUGGAUUGUGAGAUUUUGAGUGAAAACCUCCUUCCUUAGGCGGCACGGUGGCAGACUGUUUAGCAGGUCCGCCUCACAGUUCUGAGAUCGAGGGUUCAAUCCUGGGCUCCUGCUUUCCUGUGUGGAGUUUGCAUGUUCUCCCAGUGCCUGCAUGGGUUUUCUCCGGGUACUCCGGUUUGCCCCCACAUCCCAAAAACAUGCAUGGUAGGCUGAUUGAACACUCUAAAUUUGUCCGUACGUAUGAGUGUGUGCGCGAAUGGUUGUUCGUCAUGUUGUGCCCUGCGAUUGGCUGGCAACCGAUUCAGGCACCCUGCCUCCUGCCCAUAGUUAGCUGGGAUUGGCUUCAACUCUCCCAUGACCCUCGUGAGGAUAAGCGGCUCGGAAAAUGAAUGAAUGAAUGACCUCCUUCCAUCAGCAAGGGUAUUGAACAUGAAACGUGGCUGGGUCUUUUGGCAUAGUAAUGAUCCCAAACACACAGCCCGGGAAACAAAGGAGUGGCUUCGCAAGAAGCAUUUCAAGGUCCUGGAGUGGCAUAGUCAAUCUCAUCAUCUCAACUCCAUAGAAAAUCUUUGGAGAGAGUUGAAAGUCUGUAUUGCCCACCAACAGCCCCAAAACAUCACUGCUCUUGAGGAGAUCUGCAUGGAGGAAUGGGCCAAAAUACCAGCAACAGUGUGUGAAAACCUUUUGAAGACUUACAGAAAAUGUUUUGACCUAUGUUAUUGCCAACAUAGGGAUAUAACAAAGUUUUGAGAUUAACUUUUGUUCUUGACCAAAUACUUAUUUCCCACCAUAAUUUGCAAAUAGGCGGCACGGUGGCUUAGUGGUUCGCACAUCUGCCUCACAGUUCUGAGAUCAAGGGUUCAAUCCCGGGCUUCGGCCUUCCUGUGUGGAGUUUGCAUGUUCUCCCCGUGCCUGCGUGGGUUUCCUCCGGGAACUCCGGUUUCCUCCCACAUCCCAAAAACAUGCAUGGUAGGCUGAUUGAACACUCUAAAUUGUCCGUAGGUAUGAGUGUGUGCGUGAAUGGUUGUAUGUCUCCUUGUGCCCUGCGAUUGGCUGGCAACCAGUUCAGGGUGUCCCCUGCCUACUGCCCGUAGUUGGCUGGGAUAGGCUCCAGCACUUCCGCGACCCUCGUGAGGAAAAGCGGCAUGGAAAAUGAAUGAAUGAAUGAAUUUGCAAAUAAAUUCUUGAAAUUCUUGAUUUUUUCCCCCACUGUAUGUUUUGUUCCACCCGUUGUUAAUGCUGUGUUGGGUUUCACAGCCAGUUAAAUGCCAGUAUUUGACCAAAUUACAAAGAGGUGUGAAACUGCAAUACAGAAAUAAGAAAAACAUUAGGGAAGUAAAGGGUUCAAUUGCAAGCACAGAGCUUAUUCCAGUGUACUGUAUCGUACAUAAAAAAGGAUCACCACUACUAAAUAAUGGAGAAAAAAAACAUAAAAAUAAAACAAAAUAGUGUCUCUUAAAAUUAUAGAAUGUUUAGAUUCAGCUUUAAAUUCACACAAAAGGCAAACAACACACUGAUUAUUUUACAUAGAAUGAAACAACAUUCUACAUGUUUUCCAGUAAACUUAUGCCCUCUUGUGGCCUUUAAGAAAAGCAUGCAAAACGUUCCACUACAAACAGAUUUAACGUGUAGAUUAUUUGUUAAAGGCAAUUCAAUUAAUUUGGAAAACUCUGACAUAAAAUGUACAAAAAGUGAAACUGUGAAUACUUUGUAGAUAACCUGUACAUAUCGAAACAUUUUUUUCAUAAAGAACUGUGAAGUAUAAGUCAUGACCUAAUAUGGAGCUACAUAUUAGCGAAGCUUAAAACACACUAAACUCAAUUCCUUUUUAUUGCUCUUGAUCACCAAAGGACUUUGCAGUAAAUAACAGAAACGUAUCAAAAGCAUCAAACUAAUAAUGCAUCUAUCAGUAUGUUUUCGGCAGUGUGAGUGGCAAAGCCUGAGUGAAUUUGAGUGGACUCACUUAUAUGAAUUUAAUGAAUGUUAUGCAGAGUGAUUAAAAAUGUAGCGUUUAAGCUGAUGCAAUGAAAAAUGUGGGUGCGCCUACAUUUUGUGCUAGUGCACCUCAGGAAAAAAAUUUGGCGCACCAGUGCAACCAAUGCAAAAAGUAAGUGUGGGGCCCUGGCAAUAUAUAUCGCAUUGUUAAUUUUUUCAAAUAUCGUUCAGGCCUAUCCUAAAAUGAGCUAUUCAAGUUAUCAGGUAAAAAUUCUUCUAGUUUUAAUAUCGCAAUACAUUACAACUGCACCGCCCCCCCCCCCCCAAAUGAUAACUUUUUAUCAAUAUCGUUCAGCCCUAAUAUAUUUGGCAGAAAACA